CUUAUGCGUUAUGCCCCAGUAUGCCACUGUCGGAUUUUCUGCUGCAACUGGUGCUUACCCUUGAGAAACAUGAGAUUCUCUCAUGGGAGUUCAACUCGGCAGAGUUCCCUGCAGGAAAUAAUAAACAAGGCAGAAUGAAUAAUGUGGCAGUGAUGGUUGGUCCUGUAGUUGGUGGAGGUUUUCUUACUGUUGUAAUUGUUCUGCUAUGUUGGAGGCGAGCCCAAGGGGUGGUUGAAUUUGAAGAUCAAGAAGCACCCUUAGGAUUCGAAGAUGCUAUGAACGGGGAACUCGAUCACAACGCAGGUCCUAGGAGGUAUUCCUACAGUGAAUUGGUCAGGGCCACUAAUAACUUUGCUAACGAAGGUCUUCUUGGAGGAGAAGGAUUCGGAGAGGUUUACAAAGGCUUCCUAAGCCAGCUGAAUAUGACAGUUGCAGUUAAAAGAGUUUCUAAAAGGUCCAGACAGGGAAGAAAGGAGUACAUAUCCGAGCUGAAAAUAAUCAGCGGGCUGAGACACAAAAAUUUAGUAAAGCUGAUGGGUUGGUGCAAUGAGAAGGGAGAGCUCCUUCUCAUCUACCAGUUCAUGCCUAACGGCAGUCCCGAUUCUCGCCUGUUUCGAGACAAGACCAUGCUCAAAUGGGCAGUCAGGUAUAAAAUAGCCCCUGGCCUUGCCUCUGCACUGCUAUACCGGCACGAAGAGUCGGAACAAAGUGUGAUUCACAGGGACAUAAAAUCAAGCAAUAUAAUGUUGGACUCGGAUUUCAACAUCAAGCUAGGGGAUUUUGGUCUGGCGAGGUUGAUGGAUGAAGAUGCAGGCGUAAAGACAACAGCGUUGGCAGGGACAUUUGGUUACAUGGCACCGGAAUACAUAAGCAAAGGCAAGGCAAGUAAGGCAUCGGAUGUGUAUAGCUUUGGGGUGGUAGCGUUGGAGAUAGCAUGUGGAAGAAAAUCAAUUCAAAGUAACAGUGAUGCAUCACUAGUAGCUCGGGUGUGGGAGUUAUAUGGAGCGGAUAGAUUGGUUGAUGCGUUGGACAAGAGAUUGUGUAUGGAGUUUGAGGCAAAAGAGUUGGAAUAUUUGGUGAAUGUUGGGCUUUGGUGUGCUUACCCUGUUCAUACUCUCAGACCAUCCAUUAGGCAGGCAUUGCGGGUUCUGAAAUUUGAGGCACAUUUUCCUGAUCUUCCCAAAAACAUGCCUCCCCCAAACUACAAUUUAGUUAGCUUGGAAGAGGAACCACCUCUGCCCCCCUCUGCACCACAUUCACUGACUUUUACUUCUAUUAAUGCUGGUCGUUAA